AUGAAAAAACAACAACAACUCUUGCACCGGGAUCGAGCCGGCGACCGCGGUUCCCAAUUAGUGUCGGAGCUAGCGCACACCACAAGCGGUGUGGUGCGGUGCAAUGCACUGGCACACGCAGUGUGGCGCGGUGCGGUGCAACGCGGUGCAGUGCGGUGCGGCGCGGACACCGAAGCGGUGCACGGCGUUGCUCGGGGGUGCAUUGCGCGGGCCCAGGCGUGGAGCGGUGCAGUCCGGGACGACACGUUCCACAGCCGCAAACUCAAACGGUAUGCAUGGACUCCCAGCCGGUGGCUGAGCCUGCAUGCCACGCAAGGCACAGGCACAGGCGUCAUGUUUCACGCACAGCGUACACCGCCACACCCAGCUGUGCCCGUGCAGUAG